GUAAAUCUGUAAACAUUUUAUUAUUUUUCGUAUUUAAAUUUUUCUUAUUUCUUAAUAAUAAUAUUAUUGUUAGACGGACUUUUAAACAAAUCAUUGUAUUUCAUAAUAAGUUAUAAUUUUCUAAAUUUAUAUUAAGUGAUAAAAUAUAUAAAUUUUUGAUGCCUCAAUCUGAUUUUUGGCCAUUCAUAAGAUCUAAGGCCGAAGAAAAUGUUAACGCGGAGUCAUCGUUAUUACAAAAGCAACUUGGAGAUAUGGAAGGUGAGGUCAAAGAAAUUCAAAUGGAAUUGGCAGCUAUAAAACGGGACAGAACAGAUUUACUUAAUAAAAAACAGGUCAAAGGAUUGGCGGGUUUUCAAGAUAUUACGGGUGAAAUUGGAAAUAUCAACGAAAAUAAACUUAUUGCAGAUAAUUGCGAUGAUUACCCGAGUUUCCCUGAUCACGAGGUUUCGAAACUUCGAGAGGAGCUUGUUAGGAUUAAGAACGUCGCUGAUCAAGAAAGAUUCCUCAGAGAAAAAUAUGAAACGAGGCUAAAAGAUUUAGAACUGAAAUUGAAUACCAUACGCUGUCCCGAUAUUAAAGCGGAUACUAAAGAGGUACAGAGAUUUUCUGAAGGGGAGGUUACUGCUAUGAAAAUGCAAAUUAGAGAUUUGAAGGAAGAAAUGGAGGAAAUGAAAAUAACUCUUGUUGAAAAAAAUGAACAAUUACAAGAAUAUCGCGUGAAGUAUCUCCAAGCCCAACAACAAGUGGAAGAGCUAAAAAGGCAACUCGAUGUUAUAGAGUUUGAUAAUAAACAUGUUUCAGAUCAAAUACAAAUAGAAAUACAGAAAAUGAAGAUGCAGUUUCAAGAGAAACUACAAGAGCUGGCACCUCUACCAGAUCUGCUCAAGGGAGCUCAAAUACAACUUCAAGAAGCUAAACAAUUACAGCGGUUAGCUGAAGACAGUUCGCACCAACUUUCCAAUGAGCUGUAUAGAGUUAAAGAAAAGCUUGUAAUAGCUGUAAAUAACUUUAAUCAAGAAAAAACAGAGAAAAUUAAGUUGUGCGAGGAGAAUAAACUGUUCAGAAUGUCAACAGAUGAAAAACAAAAAGAAAUUGAUGAAUUAGAUAAAAAGUUGGAUGAUUACAAGUGUCAAGUAUUGAGACUCGAAGAGAAAUUAUUGCAGCAAGAAAGUAGAUUUAAAGAAAAAACAACUGAAUGUACCCAAUUAUUAAGAGACUUAGAUGAAAUAAGACAGGAGAAUAAUCGAUCUCUAGUCCGUAAUAAAGAAAGAGCCGAUUCUAUGAGACGGUAUUUGCAAACUCAAAUAUCGGAACUUGAGAGGCAGUUGAUCCAAAAUCGAGCACAAUCUAGAGCUUGUCAGAAGGAAAGAGACGAGAUACGGCAACGCAUGCAAAUCCAAGUCAACAAUUUGCAAGAGAACUUUGAAUUAGUUGAAAUUCGACUUCGCGCCCUCCAAAACCAAGUAGUUUCAUUGAAGAACAGUUACACGGUCAUUUUGUCUGACGAAGACGAUAAUGAACUAAGCAAGAUUUCUGCUGCCACAUAAUUUUAUA